GUGAACUGCAAUCCGAGCCCAAGCCCGCUUGAGCUGCUGUACCGCUCUUGUUUACAGAAGCUACCUGCCCACGACACAAGCUGUCGCUUCCUCUGCAGAAUUGGUCUGAUGGAGCAAAGGCACUCGGCGCAGCUCGGUGCGACAAGGCAUCAAUGCGACCGGUGUGCAUACAGCACGGAUCGUCCUGCAAAUUUGACACGGCACCAGAGAACUCACACAGGAGAGAAACCCUUCAAGUGCAGUGUGUGUGGGAAGGCGUUUGCACAGUCAUCUACUCUUGUAACACACCAGAGAACACACACGGGAAAGAAACCCUUCAAGUGCAGUGUGUGUGGGAAGACGUUUGCAAAGUCAUCUACUCUUGUAACACACCAGAGAACACACACGGGAGAGAAACCCUUCAAGUGCAGUGUGUGUGGGAAGGCGUUUGCACAGUCAUCUACUCUUGUAGCACACCAGAGAACACACACGGGAAAGAAACCCUUCAAGUGCAGUGUGUGUGGGAAGACGUUUGCAAAGUCAUCUACUCUUGUAGCACACCAGAGAACACACACGGGAGAGAAAUCCUUCAAGUGCAGUGUGUGUGGGAAGGCGUUUUCACUUUCAUCUACUCUUGUAAAACACCAGAGAACACACACGGGAGAGAAACCCUUCAAGUGCAGUGUGUGUGGGAAGGCGUUUACACUUUCAUCUACUCUUGUAGCACACCAGAGAACACACACGGGAAAGAAACCCUUCAAGUGCAGUGUGUGUGGGAAGACGUUUGCAAAGUCAUCUACUCUUGUAGCACACCAGAGAACACACACGGGAGAGAAACCCUACAAGUGCAGUGUGUGUGGGAAGGCGUUUGCACUUUCAUCUACUCUUGUAAAACACCAGAGAACACACACGGGAGAGAAACCCUUCAAGUGCAGUGUGUGUGGGAAGACGUUUGCAAAGUCAUCUACUCUUGUAACACACCAGAGAACACACACGGGAGAGAAACCCUUCAAGUGCAGUGUGUGUGGGAAGGCGUUUUCAGAUUCAUCUACUCUUGUAAAACACAAGAGAACACACACGGGAGAGAAACCCUUCAAGUGCAGUGUGUGUGGGAAGGCGUUUUCAAAUUCAUCUACUCUUGUAAAACACAAGAGAACUCACACGGGAGUGAACCCCGUCAAGUGCAGUGUGUGUGGGAAGGCGUUUGCACAGUCAUCUGCUCUUGUAGAACGCCAGAGAACACACACGGGAGAGAAACCCUUCAAGUGCAGUGUGUGUGGGAUAGCCACGGAUCAUACUGCAAAUUUGACACGGCACCAGAGAACUCACACGGGAGAGAAACCCUUCAAGUGCAGUGUGUGUGGGAAGGCGUUUGCACAGUCAUCAAAUCUUGUAGAACACCAGAGAACACACACGGGAGAGAAACCCUUCAAGUGCAGUGUGUGUGGGAAGGCGUUUGCACAGUCAUCUACUCUUGUAAAACACCAGAGAACACACACGGGAGAGAAACCCUUCAAGUGCAGUGUGUGUGGGAAGACGUUUGCAGAGUCAUCUUCUCUUGUAAAACACCAGAGAACACACACGGGAGAGAAACCCUUCAAGUGCAGUGUGUGUGGGAAGGCGUUUGCAGAGUCAUCUUCUCUUGUAAAACACCAGAGAACACACACGCGAGAGAAACCCUUCAAGUGCAGUGUGUGUGGGAAGGCGUUUGCAAAGUCAUCUACUCUUGUAAUACACCAGAGAACUCACACGGGAGAGAAACCCUUCAAGUGCACUCCGUGCGGGAAGGCGUUUGCACAGUCAUCAAAUCUUCAUGUACACCAGAGAACACACAAGCAUCACAAGAUCCACCAGGAGUGGAGUCUGAAAUCAGCUUGUGAAAGUGAAAGUGUCGCAAUGAGCCCAUCCCUCGUGAAACAAGAACCAGAAGAAAAUCCCAGCUUGGACAAUUUUAAAGCUAUCGAGGUGAAAUAUGAAGAGGUGAAGGUGGAAUAUGAAGAGGUGAUGGUGAAGAGUGAAGAAGUGAAGGUAAAAUGUGAAGAUGAUUAAAGUCCAGAAUGUGACCUUCACAUCGAUGGAGGCAACGUGAAGCAGGAGGAGAAUUCUGACUGAGGCAGAGCGAGGCAACUCCCAGCAGUUUGUGGAGGUGGAGGUGUGGGUGGACUUCCUAGACAAUACAAAGUCAAAUGGAGACCCGGUAGAUGUGUAAGCCUGAGACGAUGUCGCUCCAAUAGAUGCACCCUUGUCACAGGCCUUUAAUGACAAGAAUGUGAAGUUGAACACUCAAUUCCUAGGUUCAACCUGCAGGGUAAGAGCGGCCAGUCUUUGUGGACCUGUGUGUUGGUAGAUCUCUAACCAGGAGCGAGAGCCAAUAAGCUCCCAAGCAUGCACUAUGUUAUAAUAAUUGCUUUUACAUAGUGCUAACUUAAUCCGCUCAGCAAUACGGAGUUUUGUGUCGUAUCUCGUCUCAAACAAGAGCACCCCAAGUAGCAGCUGCCCCUGUGUGGCACAAGGUGGAGGCCCUGCACCGGCCUGAAUAUUGUCAAGAGCCUGUCGGUAGGGGGCGAUGAUUGAUCUGUCAUCUCAGCUGUGUCGUUUGUAGGUAAUGUUUAGAAUUUGCUAAAUUUUUGACCCAGACGCCAACAUGCAAAGGCCUACUCGUUUUGAAUUGCACAAUUGUGUGUUUCACAUCCACUGUUCAGUAGAGGGUGCAUUCUUGAAAUAGCUCCUUGUUAAUAAGAUGUUAUCUAAACUAAAUUGUUCAAUUUUGGAAGAACGUAAUCAACCAGGUAGGGUGUUGACUGUUGUGUUGGCUGACUUGUGUUGUGUUGCAUUAUAUUUCUAAGUUCACUAUGUUUGUGUUUUCAUUCACGUGUUGUACCUGAUGAUGGUUGCUUGU